AUGUCGACCAACCUUGGAAAUUUUACUAAUGAUACAAAAGAAAUAAUUUUUGAGUGGGCAAAAAUUGUUCAAGAGAAAUAUAUUUCCGAGAAUUAUUUAAGUGAUUUUCUGCUCAUAAUUGACUGGGAUGAAGCGGGACUUCGACAAAGAAACAUCCCAAAAGCUGCAGUAUUGAGUCCAGUUAUUCGUGGAGUUUCAGGUUGUUCUCCCUUUCCAUCAAACGUUCAACCUCCAUCAAAUUUUAUUUUCUCUAUUGUGGAUACUCCUGAAAUUCAAGCAUAUCAGACAAUUGAUUAUAUUUUAUCAAGAUUACAAUUAGCCUUUUUCCAAAAAAAUAAGUUUUCAUUAGGAAAGGUGUAUCUUGUAGUGGCUGGAAAACAUAAUUCAUUCAGAAUUUAUGAAGUUCUCAAUAUUUAA